CUCGUUGUUUUUGUUUUGAACAUUUUUGACUUCAGUAUUUUUCUGUUUUGUUUUGAGUAUGAGUGAUAGUGAUUGUUGCUUGCUCGUAGUAUUCAUCUAAACUCUUUUACUUCAUUGUGGGAGUAUAACCAUUUCUCCGAUUCGCGAUAGAGCUACAAUCAUGUAACAUGUAUUAGAAUCAGUUGCUUUCGGAAUGACAGUGCAUUCAUAAUAAUUGUAUCUCAGCAAAGGAUAUUAUUUGGGGUGUAGUAUUUCGAAAAGAACAUGAACUUGCAGAAUGUCCUACGGUCCCCAGCCUUGAGAUGGACCCGCGGCGAGAUGGUAAAGCGUCGCGACUUCUCAGCCUUGCUGAAGGAUGGUUGUGGAGACGUACGUACUGGAUCUGACCUGACACGCGCCGGGCCCGCCGUGUGCCUUUCCACCACGCCCGUGCCGCGGGUGCGGCAGCUGCGACGCCGCGCCAUCAGCCUCGACCCGGACCAGCGGCUGAUCGUGUCGCGCUCGCGCAUCAGCGAGCUGGCGUUCAGCAACGGCGACGGCGAUGGUGGCAGUGGAUACGGUGGUGGCAGUGGCGGUGGAGGUGACGACGGUGAGGGAGGUGGAGGCGGUGGCGGUGGUGCUGGUGGUGGCAGUUCGGGCGCCGCUCCCACGUUCAUCUGCCCGGCGUGCUCGAGCACCAACGUCCUGCCGUUCUCUGCCCCGAAAUCCGUACGCUGCCAGGACUGCGAUCGCAUCUGGGACGUGGUGCUGCCGCCUGCACGCGCCGCCGCUGGCAAGGACGACUCGUCGUCGUCGUCCGGUCAGGCGCGGGCCGGCAGCCCCGUGCGUUUCAUUCUUGGCGAGGAGUUUGGCACUGGGUCGGGCGCUGGGCCGGGUUCGGGCGAGGGCGGUCGUCACGGGCCGCCCAAGCUCAGCAAGCCACCCCCGCCGCAGAAGAUAUUCGACCAUCUCAGCCAGCAUGUCAUUGGUCAGGAGCGUGCCAAGAAAGUCCUCUCCGUAGCUGUUUACAAUCACUACAAGCGUCUGUCACUGGCUGGCCCCAGUAAAACCCAGCAAGCGCCCUCUAGUGAGGAGUCCUUCGGCGAAGAGGGAACGCUAACCCUGGGUCGUCGACCUGAUGGCAUGCGAAUCGUGCUGGUCAGACCAAAGCGAAGUGAUGCGGAGCUGUGGACACAGAAAGGCUUCAACCGGCAACAUGCUUCCGCCUCAUCGACCUCUUCAUCGUCACGUGAGAAGGAUAGUGCAAGUGAGUCGAAGAAAAGCUUUGGUGAUGACGAGGAUGAAGACGAGGGUGUCCGUGUCGACAAGAGCAAUAUUAUCAUGCUGGGCCCAACCGGAUGUGGCAAAACUCUGCUUGCACAGACCCUGGCACGCUACCUGGAUGUGCCGUUCGCUAUCUGUGACUGCACCACACUAACGCAGGCUGGCUAUGUCGGACAGGAUAUCGAGAGUACCAUCUCAAGGCUGCUUCAGGAAGCAGAUUAUGAUGUUGGCUUGGCAGAGAGAGGUAUUGUGUUCCUGGAUGAGAUUGACAAGAUCAUGGCCAUGAGAGAUCAUCAACGUGCACGUGACAUUGGCGGUGAAGGCGUGCAGCAGGGCUUGUUGAAGAUCCUAGAGGGAACAACAGUCAAUGUUCAGGUCAAAGGAAGGUUAACACGCAGUGUGGAUACCAAGAACAUUCUCUUCGUCGGUUCUGGUGCGUUCAAUGGCCUGGAGGAGAUCAUUGCUCAUCGUAAAGAAGAAAAGGUACUUGGAUUUUCCAUGAAGUCGCCAAGUGAUACUAACAGCCCUGUUGGUGGUGAGGCACCUCAGACUGAAGACCGCACUGAGGAGGAGAUCAAAGCACUGAAGGCAGCUCAGAGGAAAGACAAGCUACUAGGCCAGGUGGAGCCGAGAGAUCUCAUCAAGUUUGGCUUGAUCCCAGAGAUGGUAGGCCGUAUGCCGGUCAUUGUUCCGUUGCAGUCUAUGGACGAGGAUUCUCUGGUUCGUGUCUUGACUGAACCUCGUCACGCUCUCAUUUCUCAGUUCACACUACUGCUGGGAAUGGACAAGGUGGAUCUGGCGUUUGAAAAUGACGCCCUGCGAGCCAUUGCCAAGCGAGCACUGGAGAACAACACCGGCGCACGCGGACUUCGUUCAAUCAUUGAAAAGCUGUUGCUGGAGUCCAUGUACGAAGUGCCCGGUUCUAAUAUCAAGCGUGUUGUAGUGUCGGCGGACGCAGUCAAGGGUGUUUGUGAGCCUGUACACGAGUAUCACGGAGAAGAGACGUCCGUCGACACCGAAGCAGAGGCAGUGCGAAACGCCUAAGCAGGAUGAGAUGUGUCUCUACCGUCAGUUGGUGUGCUUGCAGUUCCUGUGAGUAGCCGUGAUGCCACUACUGCUGGGGCAGCAACACACAGCCUAGCUUGGUCAGUAAUUAUCUGCGAUCUUUUUACGUCACUGAGCUUGCGAGAGUCGAUCCAACACUGCUAUGGCUGACAUUGUUAGGGCACCACCGACCAUGCACCAUAACUCACUGGUGCCAAUCGGCCAGCUGCCUGUCAUCUCGUAUGCUGGUGAUUGCCCAAUCCCCCCUGUCCUUGCCACCACCAAUGGCUGGCUUGUUUCCAAUUAGAAGACGUUGCUGCGCUUUCUACGGAGCAGCAGUGCUUUCUAUUUUUGACCGAGCUUUGCUCGAUUCCAUUGUGCUAUAGUAGUUCAGAACAGGACUAAGGGUCCUGCUGGCAUUUGCCUAGGUAAGUUCUUGUUUUUCUAUUCUAUUUAUUCUGCCCUGUCAUGAGCAUGGCUGUAGGAGUUGUAGUUGGAAUGUUCUCUUUUUCUUGUUUAAUAUUGGGUUUCGUCUGGCUUAUUCCGGAGUUUUGUCAUUUCAAUUUCCAUUAUAGAUUUGUACUGUCUAUAUCCCACUAUGACUACUGUAUGCAGCUGCUACUUUGUAUUGUACAUGUAUGUACCCCCCCCCCCCACCCACGCACACGCACCCACGCACACGCACCCACACACACCCACCCACACACUGUAUCUAUUCUAAUUAUUAUUGUUUUAGUAUAGCAACAAGGGCGACUAAUUGCUUAUUGUUUUUUGCCCCAUUUCAUGUUUCUGUUGUCAUCUGCCAAGGCUGCUGGUA